AUGGGUUGCGUCUCUUCGAAUCUGCUCAGCAAUGAAGAAAGCUUCACGCAACUGGGCGGGUCAGCCCUGGGCAUGGGUCAUCACAUCGUUUCCCUCACCUCCACCACCUAUGGCCUCCUCAACCUCGACCCACCCACCACCACCACCACUGCUCCCACUCCGCCGCCGCGCUUCACCUUGGGCUCCGUCUUCCCACCUUCUCUCUCCGACUCGUCCACCGCCAACUCCGAUCGGACUUCCCUUUGGUCCCAACCCAGCCCAUUCCGCUCCGACCCGCCACAAGAAGUCAUCAAUUCGUGGGAGCUAAUGUCCGGCCUCGACCCUAUCGACAGCUUCCGCUUCUCCCCCCUUCCCCAAUCUCGAAAGGACCACCCAAUUGAAGAAAUCACCCCUUUCUCCGUCCAGAGAGAAAACGCCAACCCUAAUUUCCCUAAUCCGCCACCGCCGCAACAGAAACCGCAAAAGGAACCCCCGAUUUUAGGUUUGCUGGAGGGAUUCGAGCCGCUCUGCCCUCCCAACGGGGAAAACAGAGUGGUAAUCUACACUACCAGCCUGAGAGGGAUCCGCAAGACGUUCGAGGCCUGCAGCGCCGUCCGGGCAGCAAUUGAAUCCUUGGGGAUCCAAAUCUGCGAGAGGGAUAUAUCCAUGGAUCGGGGAUUCAAGGAGGAGCUGAAAGACCUGAUGGCUAGAUCUGGUAAUGGAUGCAGAAGAAAAGGGGAAGAUGAUUCUUCCGCUGCUGCGACGGUGCUGCCGAGGGUGUUCGUGAGAGGAAGGUACUUAGGUGGGGUGGAUGAGGUGAUGAGGAUUGUUGAGGAAGGGCGGAUGGCCGAUUUGCUGCAAGGUCUUCCGAGAAGUAAAGCCGGUGGCGGUAGCUGUGAAGGUUGUGGGAAUGUGAGGUUCUUGCCUUGUUUUUCCUGCAACGGCAGCUGUAAGGUGGUGACGGCGGUGAAGGAGAAGGAGACUGGUGGUGAUGGGGAAGUUGCUGCUGCUAGGUCCGUUGUGGUAAGGUGUCCUGAUUGUAAUGAGAAUGGAUUGGUGCUAUGUCCCAUUUGCAGCUGA